AUGACCCAAAGCAAAGAAGAGGCCAUUAAGGUCAAAGAUGAAGGGAAUCAAUACUUGAAAGAACACAAGUUUGAUGAAGCUGUCAACCUGUACACCAAAGCCAUUGAGCUUGAUCCAACCAAUGCUGUGUUUUACUCCAAUAGAGCUCAAGUACAUAUCAAGAUGGAAAAUUACGGUUUGGCCAUUCAAGAUUGUGAUUCUGCUCUUGCUGUGAACCCAAACUUUCUCAAAGCUUAUUACAGGAAAGGUGUUGCUCAAAUGGCAAUAUUACAACACAAGAAGGCUCAACAAAAUUUUCAAAUUAUAUUGAAAAAGUUGCCAAACGACGCCUUGACUUUGGAAAAUUACAAACAGUGUACCAACUACUUGAAAAGACAAGCUUUUGAAAAGGCCAUUGCUGGUGCAGAUCAUAUUUCCAUAUUGAACACCAUUGAUUAUGAAGGAAUUCAAGUGGAAAAAUCGUGGGAGGGACCUGAAUUGCAAAUAUCCACAACCAAAACCAGAGAUAAGAAUCAAAAGGAAAAGGUUGUGGUGAAUAUUGAAGGAUUGGAUGAGAAUUAUCUCAAAUAUAUGAUUCAAUUGUUCAAAAAAGGAGGCAAGUUACCUAAAAAGCAUGUGUUUGCCAUUAUUUCCAAGGUUCAUGAGAUAUUGGAAAAGGAGCAAACAAUGACUGAAAUUUCCAUCAAUCAUUCCAAAUUGAAAGCUCCCGAUAACAAGGAUGAGAUCCAUGGUGGCCUGAAAUUGACCGUUGUGGGUGACACGCAUGGACAAUUUUACGAUGUGUUAAAUUUGUUUCAAAAAUUCGGCUAUGUUUCAAAAGAUCAUAUCUACUUAUUCAAUGGUGAUUUUGUUGAUCGUGGUUCAUGGUCUUGUGAAGUGGCAUUAUAUUUGUACGUAUUGAAGAUUCUUUAUCCAAAAUCAAUUUUUAUCAAUCGUGGUAAUCAUGAAACAAGUGACAUGAACAAAACAUAUGGAUUUACUGAUGAAUGUGAGGCCAAGUAUUCCAAGAAAAUUUUCGAUGCAUUUACUGAAUCGUUCGGAGCAUUGCCUUUGGCCACUUUAAUCAAUCGAGAGUACUUGUGUAUGCAUGGAGGAUUAUUCUCUGACGAUAAAGUGACAUUACAAGACAUCAAAUCUUUGAACCGAUUCCCCAAGAAUGGAUCGACACAACCACCAAAAGAAGGAGUGGCCAUGGAGCUCUUAUGGACUGACCCACAAGAAGAAAAUGGACGAUCACCCUCAAAACGUGGUAUUGGAAUGCAGUUUGGACCUGAUAUAACUGAACGAUUCUGCCUUUCAAACAAGAUACGAAAAGUGUUGCGAUCACAUGAAGUAAGAAUGAGUGGUGUUGAAGAAGAACAAAAGGGGAGAUUAAUCACCGUGUUUAGUGCACCCGAUUAUUGUGAUUCUACUGGUAACUUAGGAGGUGUGGUUCACUUUACUGAGAACGAGGCAUAUGAUCCAGAAAAGGAUGAUGGCGAAGGGUAUAGAAAAUUGGAUGAUGAUAAUUGUCCUUGGACUUUGACUAAAGAGACAUUUAAAGCUAGUCCGCAUCCUGAUAUCAAACCAAUGGCUUAUUCCAAAGGUGGAUUUGGAUUUUAA